AUGGAUCUUCAGACUCCAUCGUCCACUGCGGCCUUUAACAAGCUGCCCAUAGAGCUCAACAAGCAGAUCGUCCACUAUCUCGACACCGACAGAGACAUUUGCAGUUUCCGCCUUAUCUGCAAGAACACGAACCAUGCCGUCGAUGGCGAUAAUCUGUCUUUCUGGCGCUCCCGGUUUCGGGAUGCCUUUGCCAUGAAGCCAGGCUCUUCGAACAACGUCCUCAAGAAGCAGUAUCAGCGGCGGAAGCGGUACUUGAGGCUUGGCGCAGGUGUAGACUUCUACCGUGGCUGGACCAAGCAAGAACAGAAGGUCCUUAGGGUUCUUCGGGAUCUCAUCGUUGAGUCCUUCCAAGGUCCGUAUGGGCUUGAUGAGUAUGGCCGCCCUUUCUGUUUGAACCAGCAGCAGCUCGUGAAGUUCGUCAAGAACUCGAAGACGUUUCUUGACAUCAAGCGCCUUCGCAAGCGAAAGAAUGCCGAGGACGAUGAGAAGCCGUAUACUAGUCCUGCCCUCGCUGCCAUUCAGCUCAUGUGCGCCCACUUCUUGUUCGGACAGGAGCAGACGCACAACAUAUACUGUUUCGAGGUCUCCCAAAAGGCUGUGUACGACACCGCCGCCGACCGUCCCCUCUACGGAGGUUACAACAAUCUAGAGGUCAACAUGGAGUGGUUUCUCCACUGCUUGAACUUCUUCAAAUAUCACAUGGUGAGCAAGUCUAUGCAGAGCUUCCACGCUAUCAUGGAUGCAUUGGAUGUCACCCAGAAGCCUUCCCAUUGGCAAGCUCAACUGGUAGAUGGCUGUUACCCACUGAGCAAACACUGGAAGGGAACUUACGCAUUCCUCGAUGCCCCCGAACUUCAGGAGCUCCGAAAUUCCUCGUACGAUGCAGACGAGGAUGAUGUGUUCAUUGACGGAAAUAUGGAGGGCGACGGUAAAAUCCAGACGCUCUUGUUGGAGUGCGUAGAGUCGGGCAAAUUCAACUGGCCAACUAUUUUCGAAAAGCACCUGCAGUCUAAACCUCGAAUGAAAUGCCGCCGCACUCGAGCUCAGCAGCGAUCUAUGUCUCCAUCUGACGCCGAAGCGGUCUCGAUACACUUCACUGGUCAGGGUGACGACGCAGAGGAACACUUCUUCGCUUCAGGCUGGUUGAAUCCUUUGCCUGCGCAGCCACGAGGUAUCGAGAUUCCAGGUUGGCAGAGGAUUACCUUUAUGAAAUACUUCAUCGAUGAUGAUCACCAGUAUGCCGAGGAUAACUUGUGGGCAUAUGAGGGUGUGGUCCUUCCCGGCGGGCGAAUGAUCCUGGGCCGAUGGUGGCUUGUGCCUGAGGUCGCUGAUAGCGCACAGAGCAACUACAGCGGACCGUUCAUCUUCUGGGCUGUCGGCCCGGAGCCGGACUUAGACCUAGACUCCAGCGACGAAUAA